UUUGUUUUCGGUUUUUGGCGACUAGACUAACCCUUUGAUUAACCAUGUUUUAACAUUGUACUUUCUAAGAAAAUAAUGAAGUUUAGCGACAUAAUAGGCGAUAUUUCAAAAGGUGUUAAAGAAAUCACAUCCAAUUUAUUAUCAGAAGCUAGCAAUUCUCAACCCCAAAUAGUCAUGUCUGAGUUGGAAAGUACAAUUAGUAGGAACCAAUUAAUAGCCAAAGUUGUAUCAACCGUCAUAGGAGUUGCAGCAUCUUUUUCACUAACUUACCUAGGAAUCAAAUGGUUGACUGAUGCAAUGGACCCUACUAAAAAGGAGAAAAAACUAGCACAAGCAGAGGCACAGAAAAUGUUGUCCAAGCUUGGGGUUCAAAAUGUUGGCAAGCUAACAGACUAUGAGUUGUGUGUGGCAGCCAACUUGCUUGACCCCAGGGUUAUGGACAUCACAUGGGACAGCAUUGGGGGGUUGGACAGUACGAUAGAAGAAAUACAGGAGACUGUCAUCUUGCCGUUUAAAAGAGCUGAUUUGUUUAGAAACUCUAGUCUACUUCAGCCACCUAAAGGUAUUCUGUUGUAUGGCCCCCCAGGCUGUGGGAAGACCAUGAUAGCUAAAGCAACAGCCAAGGCAGCAGGUGCACGUUUUAUCAACUUGCAAGUAUCAACUCUGGUGGACAAGUGGUAUGGAGAGUCUCAGAAGAGAGCAGAGGCCGUCUUCUCUUUGGCUAUCAAACUUCAACCAACAAUAAUCUUCAUUGAUGAAAUUGAUUCCUUCCUGAGGUCCAGGUCCUCCACUGACCAUGAAGCCACGGCCAUGAUGAAGACCCAGUUCAUGAGUCUGUGGGAUGGACUGACCACUGAUCCCACUGUCCGCGUUAUGGUCAUGGGCGCCACCAACAGGCCACAGGAUGUUGAUGCUGCCAUUCUACGCCGUAUGCCCAGUCAGUUCUACGUUGGUAUGCCAAACAAGGAUCAGAGAGAGGCUAUACUAGAGCUAAUAUUAGAACAUGAGGAGACAGAAGAUUUGAACUUCAGCCAAUUGAGUCAGCUCUCAGAGGGCUUGUCAGGCAGUGAUCUCAGGGAGGCAUGUCGUGCUGCAGCAGUUUCUGUUGUCCACGAGUUUGUUCAGAGUAGCACACGGGAUGGUGGUGACGCCAGUGAACUGCGCAAGAUGAACAUGUCUGAUCUCCAGACAGCCAUUCACAAAGUUAAAAACAGCAAAAGUUUAUCUGGCCACUUGUUACAGGCACCCCCACCUCUAGACUAGCAUCAUGUAGGCACCAAGAUGGGGUGUAGGCAAUAUGUAGGGGUGUAGGCUGUAUGUUGGGGGGAUGUAGGCUGUAUGUUGGGGGGGGGGUGUGAGGUUGCUGAAGAAGGGAGUGAACCCAACAUUGCCAGUUUGUCUCUAGACAACUGAGACACGUUAUCAAUUGGUCCACACAUAAAAACUGUUGGGUUGCCAAAUGUGUCUGUUGUGACUGAGUUAGUUUAGAGCUGUAGAUAACAAGCUGUAGUAGGUCAUUACCUGUUGUAUGUGUGGGUCCAUCGGCUGAUGAUAGUCCAAGUGUGUUGAUGCUGUAAGUCCUGGUGUGUUGAUGCUGUAAGUCCUGGUGUGUUGAUGUUGUAAGUCCUGGUGUGUUGAUGCUGUAAGUCCUGGUGUGUUGAUGCUGUAAGUCCUGGUGUGUUGAUGCUGUAAGUCCUGGUGUGUUGAUGCUGUAAGUCCUGGUGUGUUGAUGCUGUAAGUCCUGGUGUGUUGAUGCUGUAAGUCCUGGUGUGUUGAUGCUGUAAGUCCUGGUGUGUUGAUGCUGUAAGUCCUGGUGUGUUGAUGUGUACAAAAUGGCAUAGUUUGUUCUUGUUUUAUUUUUUGGUGUUGGUAACUAGCUGUGCUUGGAAUAGAAUUUUAUGUUAUGGCCAUCUAUAAAUAAAUGACCUUGUGAUGAGUAUGACCUUUGAACUAAAAAAUAGUGUACAAAUAUCCGACUCUGUGAUGUUCUACAAAAUGUGAGUUGUAAAUAAAAUUUUUGCACCAUAA